GUCGGCAGCGAUGCGGGGACCCAGCUUCAAGGGGACUUUAGGACCCAAGCGGCAUCCUCCGCCGCCACCUCCGGAGAUGCCGGCGCUCACGCUCUUCGGUAGAAAAUGGCUGGCAGGGACAGACGACAUGGUCUUCCCCUCUCUAAUAGAGCUCUUCAUAAGGCUACUAUGGAUGGGACUCCUCGGUACGGCGACGUGCCGCUACUACACGGCGACGUUCAGCUGCUCUGCGGGAGGGGAGCUGGUGAGGACUUACCUCAUCGGCAAGCUGGCCACUCUUUGCGUAGUCAGCAUACUCCUCAUCGUCAUCAUGAACAGGAGUGCGCAAGGAUCCAUAGUCGACGUCUACGCGAGGCGGCAUGUCCCCACCCUCAUGGCCAUCAAAAUAUUCCUACUGAUCCCCGAGACAGGCUGGAAUGUGAUGGGUACUAUGUGGGCUUACAUGGAAGUGAUCAAAUGCGAGCAGUAUGAUCACUAUACCAACACUGCCAUUGAUGUUAUCGUGAUAUUGGAUUGGCUACUGUUUGCACUGGCAAUGUUCACACUCUUCAUGGUGAUAGAUCCAAUAGGAUCGGUGAAGCUGAGGGGCUCCCAGCCUGACGUAAGCUUGGACACUCUCUACCACCGCAAGGUGACCAGGAUCUGGGUGAGGAGGUUCCGCUGGGUCUUUUGUUGGAUUAUAAGAGAUAAGCAGAGCCAUGAGGCCUUUUCCCAGGUUGCAGGACUAGUCAGCUGCAUGUUCAGAGAUACAGAUCUUGUCCCAUCGGAUCUUAUUGCUGGAUUUGUCCUUCUCAGGGUGAAACAGAAGCGAGAAUCCCGAGAGCAAAGGAGGAUCGAGCUAAUCGCAGAACAAAGGCUCAAAUACACUACAGAUGUGAAAGAAGCAUUUUGCAAUAUGCCAGAAUGGAUGAACUUGGAGAAGGCUGAACACUACAUGAGAUUUGCUCUCUCCUCAUACGGGUGCCCUAUGAUGAUGUUCCUACACUGUGUGACCGGGACCUUUAAGCUCAUAGCAAAUAGUACUUGUUGCGCUUGUUUUAGGUCAAAGCCUACACAAGUCCGAGGUGAUAACUGCUGUCUCUGCAACCUUGCUGGGGUUAAAGCACUAUCCAAGCUCCCGGAUAGGGAUAUCUUGUAUGCUUCCUUCAAGAACUAUAUUUUUGAGCUACCAUUUUUGGUGUUAGUUGAUCAUAAGACAAAAUGUAUUGUUCUGGUAAUAAGAGGAUCUAUCUCUAUGAGAGAUGUUUUCACCGACCUAACUGCAUAUCCUGAGAGAUUAGAAACUGAAGGAAUCCCUCCAAAUAGCUUGUUCCAUAAAGGAUUUAUGAUGUGUGCGAUAAACUUGAAAAAACAUAUAGAAGACAACAACCUCCUUGAGAAAGCGUUUGCUCAGUUCCCAGAGUAUGGACUAGUACUGACAGGGCAUAGCCUGGGCGCCGGAACUGCAGCUAUCCUAGGCUUUCUGUUAAGGCCUAAAUAUCCUGAUCUCAAAGUUUACGGUUUCUCAACACCAGGUGGCAUAAUGUCGAAGGAAGGAGCAGAAGAGACAAAGAACUUUAUGAUGUCCGUUGGACUUGGAGACGAUUUUAUCAUGAGGCUAAAUGUCCCGAACUUUGAAGAUCUGAGAACACAGAUUUUUAAUGUACUUCAGGCCUGUAGAUUACCUAAAUACAGAGUGUUCCUCAACGGGUUCGGGUAUGCACUCUUUGGGGUUCCAGCAGCUGAUCUGGAAUCAGUCUGGCGGAAUGAGAGGCCGACACCACGCAUGCGGCAACCAGAGCAGCAGAGAAGAGUUUUGAUACCUCCUCACAGUGAUGUUAUGUCAAGGAGAUAUACACAUGUAAAGAUGCAUUCUGCAGGCAGAAUACUACAUAUAUCAAGAAAAAGAAAAACGAAAGAUGAAAAAAAAGGGGAAGAUGACGAAACUUAUGAGAUGAGGUGGAUUGAUCCAGAAGAGCUUGUUGAAGAGGAAAUCAGGAUCUUGCCAAGAAUGUUCCUUGACCACUUCCCCCACAACCUGCUGAAAGCCAUUUCAACAGUAUUAGAGGAACAGCGGACAGAGAUAGAAGACUUCCCUCAAAUAACGAUAAUAUGACAAUGUUAGGAUGGUUUUAGGAGGACUAUAAGAAGCACUCAAUGGUCUGAAGUCGUGCCUUCUCUGAAUCAAAAGCAUGAAGUGAUGUGCCUACUGCCAAAACUAAGUUCAAAACUGAUAAACUUUAAGUUUUUUAUACUGACUAGUAUAUAUGUAAAUAUUUAGUUUUUUAGUUCACUUAUUUUUAUAAACUAAUAUGUAUAUGUAUUCUUAUACGUGAGAUUUAUUUGUAAUUUUAUACUUAAAUUAAUAAGUGGCUAAUGAUUAGUUCAAAUUUUUACAUGAAUGUAUAUAUUGUAACUAGUAAAUAUAUUUUUUAUAUAAAUAUUUAUAA